AGAAAAUAUGAUCUCAUGUUUGGCACUUGACAGUUGACCUUCGCGAUAUAAAUUGAGAUCAAAAUUAAUAUUAUUUAUUGUGGUGAAAUGAUAAUCUGGUGGUGUUUAUAAGUGAUAAGAGUAGAAUAUAGUCGAAGAUGGCCCAUCAGAACCAAGUUAAUCUAGAUAUGGGGGAAGAGGACCCAGAGGAAACCCCUCCGAGACCGAAUGCACUCACCAGAAUGGACUCUGUUACCAGACCCACAAUACCGAAUAGAAGUAAUAUCGGUCUUGGUGACAGACUAAAUAGCAUGUUUAGAGAAAUUCGACCUCUAGUGGAACACGCACGAAUGGGCAACAAUGCAAGACUCUCAUUACCAACUUGGCUGCCACGCAAUCCGCCGAAUACCCAUCAACUUGGCGAUGGUCCACAGCGGCCACAGAGCUCCAUAGCUCAUGUGAACCUUGGGCCAGCAGCUCAAACAUAUAUUGUGACAGAACGGGGUACGCCACCAGCAUUGCGAGCCCAAACUAGCCAUGCCUUGAGUACUAGCAUUUCUAAUGAUUCCAAUAUGUCUGACCAAGUCCCAGAAGAAAUAAAUAUAUCAGUUAAUCCAGCCAAUAAUAACAAUAUCAAUGAUAAUGCAGAGACAGACAAUCAAAGUGAUGAUGGCACACAGCAGGUUGUGGAUGUUCGAGGGACACUAAAUUUACUGAUACGAUAUGCGCCAUUCUAUUUCCUUCUGUUUGUAAAAUAUUUGUAUGACAGCAGGGAGGCCAUUUUCACAUUUAUAAUUUUAUUCUGCACAUUCUCUCAUAGUGACAGCCUUGUUAGAAGGGAACACGGAAAGCAAAUGAAUCGCAGUUUCCUUGCCUUGCUAAGCGAAUUACUGUUUACAACAAGCUGUAUAGCAAUUGUACAUUUUCUAUUCGGCCAUGGGCGGUUACUGCCCAAUGUUAUAAUGUUCCCGGGCUACACUGAACCAAUAGAUGUGUGGGAGCUACUGUGGCUGGUUGUGCUUACAGAUCUUAUUGUGAAGAUAAUCACUGUGGAUAUUAAGAUAAUUGUUACAAUGAUGCCUUCUAUCGUUUUGCCUUACCAGAAACGGGGGAAAGUCUACCUAUUCACAGAAGCAAUAUCGCAACUGUAUCGGUCCUUAAUAACCAUUCAGCCGUGGAUCUUCUUCCUGAUGCAAUCAUACGAGGGCUCCGAGAAGAUGGUGGGCAUGUUCCUCACAUCUGCGUACGUCAUUGCCAAAGUGGUCGAGAUACUUGUGAGACUGCGCCUGUUCAAGAACGCCACGUGGACUCUCCUGCAGAGUGUGAAUUUGGGAACGAAGCCCACAGGGGAGCAGCUGAUAUCAGCCGGUGAUUCCUGCCCCAUAUGCCAUGAUGACUACACCACACCGGUCCGGCUGGGGUGCAGCCAUAUCUUCUGCGAGCUCUGUAUAGCCGCAUGGCUGGAUAGGGAACACACCUGCCCACUGUGCAGGGCCAAGGUCACAGACGAGCCCACCUGGCGAGAUGGUUCCACUACAUACGAACUGCAAUUGUAUUAAAAGUAUGGGUUUCUAACAUAGGAAAAAUUCUUAAAAAUUUUGAAGGAUUAUUGCGAUAUUACCUUUGAUUAGAUACAACUAGUUACUCAAUCAACGUCAAAAAAAGUAAUAGUAAGUAUACCCAAUCUGGAAUUGGAUAGACUUUACAAUGUUUUAUUUUAUCUUGUGCUUUGUAAUUCCGACUUUAAUUUAACCAAAAAAGGUUGAAUUUUUAAAAAAAUAUCAAUGCUUUUGGUUCGUAGUUUUGAAUGAACCUUAAAACAUUACAAAUAAGGUUAAUUUUGCGUAACGUUUGUUUCUUCGACUAGGAUUUUGACGAUCAUAUUUCAGGAUAGUUCGUCAAUUUUUGUAUAAAAUAGUGUGUCUAGUUGCUAUUUGUUAUGAAAGGGAAUAUUGCAAAAUUAAAUCAGACAAUAUGGGUUAUAUGUUACAUUUCAUAAGAAAUAAUCUUUAAUUGCAUCUAUGUUAGGGCAUAAGGUAUGUGUGUAAACAUUUUUGUGUUAGUGUGAUUGUAAAUGAUGCAGACUGUAUUAUGAUUAAGUUGAAUACAUCUCUUCUUCAUAUUUAUACUACCCAGCAAUGACCAUUCUCUUUAUAAAUAAAUAUAUAAUCAUGAAAAUAGUAAGAAAAAAAUCUUGAAAAUUAUAUAUUAUCUGUAAUUCGAUAGCUAGUCUAUGGAAGAUAUUAUAAAUAAAAACAAAAUGAAUGUGCACUUUCGAAUUGAUUUGUUUAUAUCUUUUUAGAUGUUUAAUCAUAUUGAAUAUAUAUAAAUGUUUUAAGACUAAUAAAUAACAAUAUAAAGCUGAAGAGUGUUUGUUCGAAUGCGCUAAUCACAGGAACUACUGGACCUAUAUCAAAAAUUAUUUUACCAUUGGAUAGAUACGUGAUCCUUGAUUGCUAUGGGAUAUAUUAUGUACCACGGUCGAAGCUGGGGCGGCCAGCUAGUUGUUAAAUAUAAUAAAAGCGUUGAUUAUCGCAUAUAAAGAUAUUUCGACAAUUUUACUUGAGCAAGGUAAGUGAAUUUUUCUCGUCGAAGCCAUAUUAAUUGAUAUAUGAAUUCAAUUGACUGACUAACGGCUCUAAAAUUGUAUUUUAACUAUAUAAUCCCGGAUAUUGAAGGUACUUUUAUACGAAAGAGAAAAUUAAUUUAAAUUCAAUUCUAUUCAAAAUUAAGGAAUGUUAUAUAAACAAGUUAAUUGUGAAAAAUAACGGUUAAUGAAAUAACCUCACGAUUAAUUGUAACUUACAAAAUAAUAACUAUCUCUUUCUUACCCAUGUGCAUUGAUUAAUAUGUCCCAGUCUCUAUUUAAAUAUAGCAUAUAUGUUUUAGAUAUACAUUGGUUACAAAUGUAUCAUAUGUAGAUAUUAUAUUCAUAUGUAGAUAAAAUUACUUAAAUUCUAAUAAAAAAUAAUUUGUUGAGAUAUAUUGCCUGGUUUUUGAUGUUUGUUUCAGAAAUUAUUUUAAAAAUAACUCCAUUCAUUAGGAAAUCUAAUCAUUUGCAUUUAUAGGAAUAUAUGAAUUAUAUUUUACAUGUGUAUUAUUCAUCACACGUGUUUGUAAAUGAACGAAACCUACUAUAUGUAGGCAUAAAAUUUAUAAUAAGUCUUAAGCAUUUGAUAAGUUAAAAACUUAAAUUAUUCUAGACCUAACAUUAUAAGCACCACUUUAAAUAAUUGUGUAUCAAAUGAUAUAUAAACAUGUUUUCAACUAUUUUAUGAAUUUCUCAUGGGCCUCGAGUUUUUUCGUUUAGAAAGAGAAAGUAGAUCGUUGUAACCCAACUUACUCGCGCUAAAAAGAAAUAUAGCAUGGUUCGUCCUUAGGUGAGAGUGAGAGGGUAUAGUGUUUUUUUACUCUCUCUAUCGCAUUACAGGUUUCCUUACCAAUCCAAACCGGAAUGCAUUUGUCUCAUUCAUUAUUCAUAUUAUAUAUAUAUAUACAUUAACUACGUAUUUAUUUUUAUUUAAUUGCUCCUGGCGAUCGCAGUGAUUGCAUGUAUAAUAUGGACUGAUUGGAUGUCGAUAGUUUAAUUUUAUUUCUAUGUACGUAGAAAUCAAGUUUAAUCCCGUUUUUUAUAAUCAUUUAUAAAGAGCUUUUGUAUUAUAAUUAUGUAGGCAAUAAAUUCAAUUAAUCAUUAUAUUUAAUUUUCGUUUCUUUUCUUGUUGUUAUUUUUAUCUCGAAAUUUACUUAUAGUAGAGUAUUUUAAGUGAAUUUAUUUGUAAAUCAAAACACUGUAUAUAUGUAAAUAAAAUUAAUGAAAAAAUUAUGAAUUGAAAU